AUAAUAGAAUAACUAUUUUCUCUCUCCCUAACGCGGAAGUACCGUCGUAAUCAAUCGCGCAGCUGAGAUACCGGGUUUCCAAGUCCGCCGGAGUCGUCGCCGGAGGUUUUACAGAGAAGCCGGAGAGAGAUUCCGAUUCCGAUGGGGAACACAAAUUGUUUAUUGUUUGGGUGCGUGGAGCAAGCGAGUGUGGGGGUGGUGGAGAGGUGGGGAAGAUUUGAAAAGUUGGCCCAGCCCGGGCUCCAUUUCUUUAACCCUUUAGCCGGCGAGUGCCUCGCCGGUAUCCUCUCCACCAGAAUCUCUUCCCUCGAUGUUCGCAUUGAGACUAAGACCAAGGAUAAUGUCUUUGUGCAAUUGCUGUGUUCAAUUCAGUACCGAGUCAUCAAAGAAAAUGCUGACGAUGCAUUUUAUGAGUUGCAAAACCCCCAAGAACAGAUCCAGGCUUAUGUGUUUGAUGUGGUUCGUGCUCUUGUCCCAAGAAUGACUUUGGAUGAACUCUUUGAACAAAAGGGCGAAGUUGCUAAAGCUGUAUCGGAGGAACUUGAAAAGGUGAUGGGAGAUUAUGGAUACAGUAUUGAGCACAUUUUAAUGGUAGAUAUAAUACCGGAUGCUUCUGUGCGCAGGGCAAUGAAUGAGAUUAAUGCAGCCCAAAGGCUUCAACUUGCCAGUGUAUACAAAGGCGAAGCGGAGAAGGUGCUCCUAGUAAAAAAAGCAGAAGCUGAAGCUGAAGCAAAAUACCUGGGUGGUGUUGGUGUGGCAAGGCAGAGACAGGCGAUCACAGAUGGUCUGAGAGAGAAUAUCUUAAACUUCUCUCAUAAGGUGGAAGGUACCUCAGCUAAAGAAGUCAUGGAUCUGAUCUUGAUCACUCAAUAUUUUGACACCAUCAAGGACCUUGGGAAUUCCUCAAAGAACACAACUGUGUUCAUACCUCACGGCCCGGGUCAUGUUAGAGAUAUCAGUGACCAAGUACGCAGCGGGAUGAUGGAGGCCGCGAGCGCCCAGGCAGGGCUCACGAGGGAUGAGGUGAACACCAAUUUACUUGAGUGAUCCAUCGAGUACCGUAUGUAUGUAUCUCUUCUUUCUCUUCAAGUUUGAAGAAAAUGCCCUUUGUGUGUGAAGAGAUUUGUGUAUGCCAAUGUAACGGUUUGCAGAGUCGAUAUUUGUUUUGGUUUCAUGUAUAGAUAGAGAGACAAGGGUUAAUAAUAUAAUAUUCACUGCGCUGGAAAAUGCUGCUUCUAAUAUUGUAAUUUUCUUACUGCUUGGGCUUCCUGUCCUUUAACAUUAACAAAAUGUUCUGUAAUUGUAUUGGAUUUCUUCUCAUGUUAAUGGUGAGCCAUUAUAUGACA